GACCCUACUGACGAAAUAGUCAACUCCACCCACCUAGCGGGUGCCGCGUGAAGCGCGGCAUCCCACGGCGCGGUCGUCUCUGAAAAGUAGAGCGCCCUCUGUGGAUGUUUCAGCAUCAGACGCGGAGAAUAAAAACAUAGUUCAGCAACAUGUCUCACUACUCACGAGCUGAUCUGGACUGCAAGGUUUACGUCGGUAACCUUGGCGACUCGGCCGGCCGACGUGAACUGGAGAAUGCCUUCAUGAAAUUUGGUCCCCUCAAGAAUGUCUGGGUUGCCAGGAACCCGUCGGGCUUUGCUUUCGUCGAAUUUGAAGACCCGAGGGAUGCCGAAGAUUCAGUGAAGGCUUUGGAUGGACACACUCUGUGCGGCCACCGCGCCAUUGUAGAGAUGUCCAACGGGGAGAAACGUGACAGGAGGCGGGGCCGCGGCCCGCGUCAGGCCAGCUACGAUGAUAAGUGCUACUCUUGCGGAGAGCGGGGGCACUUCGCACGGGAAUGCAGGCAGAAAUAUGGCGGUCGGUAUAGUGGCGGCGGCUCUUCCAGCCGACGCCGACCGGCCCGAAGAUCAAGGUCCCGCUCUCGUGAUCGUAGCUACUCCCCUCGGAGGAACUCGGAUCGCAGCAGGUCUCGCAGCCGCAGCCGUGGCCGAAGCCACAGCCGCAGCCGAAGCCGAUCUUACUCCAAAGGACGCCGCCACAGCCGAAGCUCAUCUAGGGAUUAGAACCACGGACCAGCCAAGUGGUGGACAGGAGGACACACCCAUGUACAUUAACAAUGCUUGAAUUUUUAUCCUGGUGUAAACCUCCCAUGAUAAAGAAAGAAAAUCUUCAACUAGAGAGGCAUUUAAGUCCUGCUCAUUCUUUGUUAUCUAAUCGAGAUUGUGAGAUCCUUAUUUCAGCGGUAUAUUUAGAUGCACAAGUCACUUUUGUAUUGACACUAUUGGCUUGCUUAUUAUCUUAUGAAAUAAUAAUAAUUGAGUACAUGUAAUGAGAUUCAUAAAGUCUCGAUAAAUGUAUAAACUGCCUCGUAGCGGAAAGGUUUUCUCACCAAGAUAGUUCAGGCAUGCAACUUAUCCUCGGAUCAGCUGAUUUCCUCUUUUUUUACUUCCCAUGUGUGCCAUUGAAAAUAGAAAAACACUGUACAAAGUCUGGGAAAAAUUUGAAUUUCCUCUUUUUAUUUGUGAUUUCCCAGUUGCAUGCCUGAUAGUUCUGUUUAAGCACAUGACUUUAUUUUUAAUUCUUAUUUGUGUUUCAGUAAUAAGCAUAAUUAUACUUUACAUAAUACAUGGAAAUGUUCUAAGUAACCAUUCCUUUCGACCCUUUACUUAAAUUCAUGAGAAGCUCCUCUUUUUACAUAUUAUUGUGGGACUUAAACCUCCAUUGUUCAUUUUCAUGCUCCAAACUUUCUGAAAUUAGAGGAUUUGGUCUCUUAUACUGAAGCAGAAAGUGAAGAUGUCUUUGAAUAUCUAGGAUUGCGACAUGGAGUCAAUUUGACUUCUGUCAAACUUUACAAAACCACUCUGUUCAUUGAACGUACAACUGCAGAACAAAAACCUGUCAAUAGAUAAUUCUGUUUUCACAAACUGCAAUGUCUCUUCGUAAAAACCACGUAAUCAAUAAUUUCAUGCUUUGAGAUCAGUGUUUUGGUAUGUGCUGCAUUAGUUAAUUAGUUUUGCGCAAGCCUUUAUUGUUUCCAAAUUGUAGUUUUAGAAUAUUGUGGUUCAUACAAUGUAUAAUAUUAAUAUAGUGUUUUUUUUAGCCUAACCCUACCGGUAUCUUGGUGUCAAAGAACGAAAGUAGCUAGGGGACUUAAAUAUGUCCAUUCACCCACCAGAACACUUUUUAUUCAAGCUGCGUAUUUUAGACUUUUUAAAAUAAAUAAAUCAGUCACAUUUGAUCAAGUUUAGAGAAGGAGAAAUACUUUUGUAGGUCAACACAACUUAAGUUGUCUGUAAUUGUAAAUAUGUUUCUUGUCAAGACCUGGCCAAAUCGAUAUAAAGUGCUGUUACAUGUACUCAACUUGCUCUUACAGAGGUAGGCACGGACAUUCUUCCCACACCCCGGCCCAAUUUUAUUCGGAUAUUUUCAUUAUUUUGGGCACGUUUUUGGAGGGGUGGGGCAAGAGUUAUGAAGCUAUUUUUGUGAUGGGCCGGUUUCAUUUUGUCCAAGUGUAAGUGUGAAAUAUUAAAAUCGUCUCAUUUAAUCAGGAA